CCUCAUACUGCCUUGUCAUAUCAGGAACUUUGACGUCCUAUAAUACUUAGUGAUUGCAUUUAUUUCACUACAGAACACAUCAAUGUAAACCCUCAAAUUGACCGGCACUUAGAAGGGUUUUUAACGAGUCAUAUAUGUCCCUAAAAUUGACAUCUUACCCAUGACCUCGCUCUGACAGAUAAAGCGAGGCCCCAGUGGCACAAUAACAUAACAAAGACUUCUAACAAAAAAUGACCGUUUUUAUUUUGAAGGAAAAAUACUGCCAAGAAAUCCCUGGGCCACUUCAUAAUUCUUAUCAGUGGACUCGCAGUUUAAAAAAGUUGAAAGUCACCAAUAGGAGGUACCUGUACAGUCCAUGGAAUGCCAUAGGCUUGACAAUGUUUUAGAGUGUCGUCUGGCCUAUAUAAAGGCCUUCGUUUGUUUGUGGUCUUCACAUUUCUCAUUGUACCUUGCAAAAUGGCAACAACGUGGCUGCUCCAGGCUAUAUUCAUAACGGUUUUGAGCAAUGAAAUUCUACAGACAAGACAAGCAGCGACAAACAGCAUGUUCCUCUUGGCCAACACCACCUCUGGUACACUGAGGGGAAGGGUUGACUCUGGACCUUCAGUCCCUGUGGCAAUGUUCGCUGGCAUUCCCUAUGCUAAAGCUCCGACAGGACCACUCCGCUUUAAAGCCCCUGCUUCUCCGGACAAAUGGACUGGUGUCAGAGACGCCCUGGUGUUUGGGGACGAGUGUCUGCAGCGAGUGGCCGCAAAUGAUGCAUUCAGAGAUCCAAACGCGCCUCACAGCGAGGACUGUCUUUACCUUAACGUGUACACGCCGACUAAGAGAACCAGCAACGCUCCAUUGCCCGUCAUGGUGUUUAUCCACGGAGGAGGGUACAAUUCUGGGAACUUUGACGUCCUAUAA